AUGCCCCCCUUGAAGAUUAUAGGAGCAGGCUGGGGACGUACAGGUACACUGAGUCUCUGUCACGCGCUGGAGCUAUUAGGUUUCUCAUGUCACCAUAUGCAAUCAGCCCUGCUCGACCUUAGCCAGGAUCCUGACCUCUUUAUUGAGGCCUACCAUACCCGCACAGGCGACUGGGAACGCGCAUUUAUGGGAUAUGAUGCCGCUGUCGAUUGGCCGGCAGCUGAGUUCUGGGAGGAGCUUGCAGUAAAAUAUCCCGAUGCGAAGACCAUCCAGGACUGGCCCAUGUCGACAGAGUUAGAAUGGCCGGAACAUAUGCACAAAUUUCGGAGAAUGGCACGUGCUAUCAUCCGUGAUGGUGCGUUACAAGGGUUUAGCGAUAAGAAGGCAAUGAUUGCGCGCUAUAUGAAGCAUAUAGAGCGAGUCAAGAAGACUAUUCCUUCGCACCGUCUGCUAAUAUUCGACGCGAAAGAUGGCUGGCAACCGCUGUGUCAUUUUCUUAAUAUGUCUCCGCCGUCUGGGGUUUCUUAUCCACAUAGCAAUCGUGGUGGGGACUUUGAAGCGCGUCUUCUCUGGAUCAGAAAACAAAUCCUUGAGAGUGGGUCGGAGAAGUCAACAAGCAUGUUCCCGGCCGAUUUGAAGCAAAUGAGUGCGAGCAGCCUGCCUAUGCAGAGCUUGUGCAAGGAUGAAGCAUCUUAG